AUGAGUGAAAGUUAAUAAGAUGAUCAAAUUAGCCCUUUGGAUUUCGGAAAAUACCAUACAGAACCGUAGAGAGAUCAUCGAGAGAUAAAAUAUAUGCCCACAAAACUCAGCGAGCCAAGAGGGAGUCAAUAGUAUCCCUAACAUGUUGCUGUGGUUAUAGAUGAUGAUACAACCUCAAAUAAUGAAUCUAGGUGGUAUGCUAAGAAUAAUUAAUAUAAACAACUAAUUGGAAAUGAGAGAACUGGCUUUGUUAAAAAAGUCUAUUCAAUUAUGAUAAUUUAAUUGCUUAUAACUAUGAUAAUGUGCGUUAUAUCAUAUGUUUCAAUCGAUUAUAGAAUGUUCUAAUUACAACAUAGUGGUUAUGCAUAUUUGGCUUUAGGAAUUGCGAUCUUCAUAGAAGUGAUUCUCUUUUGCAUACCUAAGUUUGCCUGGAGAGUACCCUAUAAUUACCUUCUUUUAUUAAUCUUCACAGUUUGCGAAGGGUAUCUGAUUUCUAAUUUAUGCAGUUAUGUAUUUGAUGAAUAUAGUUAAAAUGGUGGUUAUAUUGUAUUGAUGGCUGCCAGUUUGUCCUUAGCAGCAGUAGUAGGAUUAACUUUUUAUGCUUGCAAGACCAAAUCUGACUUCACAACAAAAGGAGCUUUACUGUUUAUGUGCACUACCUCUUUAUUGUUAUUUGGGAUAAUGGCAGGAAUCUACUACUAAAACGUCAUUAAUCUUCUCUAUUCGUUGAUCUGUAGUCUCCUUUUUGGAGCCUAUUUAAUAUAUGACACACAAUUAAUUUUAGGUGGAAGCACUCAUAAAUUAUCUAUUGAUGAUUAUAUAAUUGGAUCAAUGAUUAUUUACAUUGACAUCGUCUACUUAUUUGCACACAUUUUAAUGGUAUUGAUAGCAUGUCUUAGAUGA